UAUAAAAUAUCUCAUUUGUUUUCUUCUCCAUUAAGACUUUGUAUCUGUACUAAUAAUUCAAUGCACAUCAUCAUCUCUUCCAAAAUCCGAAGUGCAGCUGCGUCUCUUCCCCUCCCUCUCCCACUUCUCUGCUUCCACCAUUGAAAUGGCAAGUCGCUGUGAGAUCUUCUGCGAUAUUCUACUCGCUAUUUUACUCCCUCCCCUUGGAGUUUGCCUCAGACAUGGUUGCUGCAGCGUUGAGUUCUGCAUCUGCUUGCUUCUGACUCUGUUGGGUUACAUCCCUGGGAUAAUCUACGCUCUCUACGCCAUCGUCUUCGUCGAUCGUGACCCUUACCGCGGUGAUUACUGGCGUCCCCUUAAUGCCUAGUCCUUCCCGAUCUUGACCUUGCCAGUAUCGCAUCAGCUACGAUAUCGUCAUACAUUCAACUUUGUACCAUGUAUUGAUACAAUUUUCGUUGCUUUGAAGUAUCUCGAUGUGAUUGAAUGUUUAAGCUCUGCAUUUCUGUUCCUUUUCAUUUGUUGCGGAGUAUGAGAAUCAUUUUCUUUACAAUAGCAUGAUCAAUCAUCUCUUGGCUUUGA